AAUUGAGACCGACUGUCUUUUUUUUUUCAGACUUUCCUUUUUUGAAUCUCUAGAGAUCUUCUCUAGACUCUACUCUAGUUCUAGAUCUAUUUUAUAGCAUUAGUAGAAUUCUAGUUAGCAGUCUAGAUGUGGUAUAGAUCUCUAGAUCUAAAAUCUAGAUGCAAAACUAUUUUAUUUUUAACGUUAAAUGAUCUAUCAACGACAGAUUACAAUUUUCUGAAGUUUCUUGAAGAAAUACACAAAGAGUAGAUUUCUUAUUUCCUGGAUUAUCUACAAGAAGUGACCAUCUCACAGUUGGAGCGAUAUACUUCGUGACCUCAGCGUCGACGGUGCUGUAUACAUCAGCUGUUAAAUUCCUGGAAAAAAAUCGUUAAAGAUCAGCGUCCAAGCUCCUCCCUCUAUGAAGUUGUGACUUGAAUAGAGAGUUCAUUUACUCAGAGUUGACCAUGGCGGACCAAGGAAAUAGUGGACAAGCCCCUAGCUUUGCCUCCUUGUCCCAGCCCGGCAUGAACCCAAUGACAGGUAGUGGUGACGCCCUGGCCCCCAUCUUCCCGCCACAGAACUUUGACGUGCCCGACAUCAGCUUUUCCAACAGCGUCAGCCCCAACGCUGCUUUCAACCACUCGCUGUUCAACCCCGGCCAGAUAUUCUCCGCCACCGCACAGCAGCAGCAGCAGCAUUACCCGGAGGUACCAAGCCCCAGUGGGCACGCCAUGUCCGGUCUCGCCGUGGGGCAGCAGCAGGCUUCCUAUUUCCCACCUCCUUCCAACAGUCCGCCCGGGACGUCCAGCAGCGAGGACUCGGAUGACCUUCCCUUGGCUCAGCUGGCCAAAAGGGGACUGAAUGCAGGGGCAGUGGCCGGGUCACCGUCUGGUCAAGUCAUAGAUUCCACCUCCCUGGAGAGCAGCCCAAUAUCAGGGACCAAGAAAACGAAAGCCGCCAAAAAGAAAAAGAAGAAGGAUCCGAAUGAACCUCAAAAACCUGUCUCAGCCUAUGCGUUGUUCUUCAGAGACACCCAGGCCACUAUCAAGGGACACAAUCCUAACGCUAGUUUUGGAGAAGUCUCAAAGAUUGUAGCCUCAAUGUGGGACCAGUUGGACCCUGAACAUAAAGAUGUUUACAAAAAGAAAACUGAGACGGCUAAAAAACAAUAUUUGAAACAGUUGGCAGCCUAUCGGGCAAGUCAAGUAUCACAGUCUGCCGCGGAUGAAUCUGAGGGGUCGUCUUCUCCAUCAUCGGUGAUGAGCCAUCAGUCUAACGGGGCCAUGUCUCAAGGGAUGCACCCAGGAGGUCCUGUAACACAACCAGCUACCAACAUUCCAGCUUCUAGUCAGAUGAUGCCCCAGGCCUCGCAGAUGAUGCCCCACCACAUUCUGCAGCAGCAACACUUUCCUCAGCACCAGAUGGUCAUGGCUCAGCAGGGGUCACCCUCACCGCCCCUGCAGCAGCAGCCCUCGCCCAUGAUGCAGCAGGGAUCUCCCCCUGCCCAGGCCUACAGCAGCCCUCCACACGGGACGGGGCCCAACAGUUACCAGCAGCCUGUGAUGGACAACAAUAUGUAUGGAUACGCCGACACAGGGGAAAUGGAGAUGACCUAUCCCUCGUGUGUGCGGAGUGGAUGUGGGAACUACGCCAAAGAAAGUCCUUCCUGGGACGCUGAAUAUUGUAGUAACGAUUGCGUCAUCUCUCACUGCAGAGAUAUAUUCACCAAAUGGGUUGCAUCCAGAACAGACACAAACUCCUACCCAGUGAAGUAGCUCGAGAAACUCAACAGUCAAGAAGUUCAGACCCACUGGUAACAAAAAAAAAAAAAACAAUGAAGGAACUAAUGAAAGAAAUUACAAAAGUUUUUUUCUUUCAUAAACUUACAGAUUCUGUAUUGGUUUUUUUCUGGGUUUUUUUUUUCUUGUAUGAUUCUAAUGAAAUUUGUUUAUGUAUAUCUUGUUUUAAGUUUGUUGUUCUUAGGCUGAGAAGGGAAAGUUUUGUAAGGAGAAUUGGUUGUUUACAAGCCAUUUUGUAGGACAUCUUUAUAGUUCUUGUUGUUCUUGUGACUUUGAAAAGUUUCCUAACAAUUUUGUCUUUUUUAUUAGACAAACAGAUUCAGUUUAUAUAGAGGUUCCAUUGAAUCUGGUAGAAACAAACUGAUCUGAAGUAAUAACUCUGAAGAGAAUGAACAAAUAAACACAUUUAGUACACUAUGAUAUGUACUACCAUUAAAAAAAAAUUCAUUCACUUCAUGUUAUUGCAGGAAUUGUUUUGUCAGGCAUUAUAAGCAAAACAUUACUAGCAAAACAUGCCAUUCUUUUCAUUAUUUAGUUGUAAUGUAUUUUUAAAAUAUUUGUGUGUGUGUGUAGAAUGUGUUAAACCUUCAGAUUUUGUGGACAUAGUUUAUACACACACAACUUUGUACACACACUCAAUGUAGUCAUUAGUGUAUUUAUUAAUGACAUGAAUGUUAAUGUUUACAAACUGUAAAUGCUUUGUUUCUUGUCUCAGCUCUGAAAGAUAGAUGUGGUUAAACUAUUAACCAAAACAUUAACCAUUGGCUGUCUUAAAGGUUAACAUUUGGUUUUGAACCAAUUUAAUGGAUUUGUGACUUCAAGUCUGGUUUUUUUUUUGUUUUGUUCUGAUGAUUUGUAGUUGACCUUGACCUUCAUGGUUCAGUUUAUUAACUCUUUCUCUCCGUAAUUAUUUACCACAUACUUGUGGACUCUAGGUUGGUAUCGUCAGUUAGGAGAGAAAGAGUUAAUACUGGAGAUGAACAAAGAAUCUGUGUGCUGCUUUUCACUUUGUCAAUUUUCUAUGUCACAAUUCAUGACAAAUGUUUUGAUACUAGUGAGGUAUGAUCUAGAACAUUCCUUCAUGGGUCUGUAUGUGUCCAAAGAGUGUGUAUGUUUUUCAUAACUUGUAAUGAUUUCCUGCAGAGAUAAUGGUCGUCACAUCUCAAUAUUUGAGGUAAACAAGUCUCACUGGGAAUUAUAACAUCAAGAAUUAGUUCAGACACUAAACUACAUCAAGAAUUAGUUCAGACUAAAUAGAAAUUGUUUCUAUUUAGAAAUUGCUACAAAAAUUAGCAAACUUGUUUUCUCACAAGAAUCACUGUGAAACAAGGAUUUCAUUGAAUCGCACAAUAUUAAAUGCUUAUUUGAAAUUAUUUUUGACUUUGUGCAGAUAAAUUAGAAGGAAUUCUGGUCAGGCUUUUGUUUCUCUCUAUUGACUCAGAAAUUGAUGACCAACAUGUGAACAUGAAUUCUGGCACUUAACUUUUCUCCUGAUUCUUCAUCAGAUUUUCAUAAUCUGUUUUCACUUGAAACAUGUGCAGCUCAUUUUUGUUAUUUCAUGGGCCACCAUAUCUUAUUAGACCAUCCAUAAAACAUAAUGGCUUUGUACAACAGGAACUUUUUUUUAAAUAGAUUAUUCAUAAUAGAUACUUCAUUAUGUUAAACAAUUAAGAUCUCGACACUGUAUUUGAGGCUGUAUAUUUUAUCAUUCUCUAUUAUUAUCUGGUACUAAAUUGAAAUUAACAUUGAUACCAUUUAGUCUGAAACUGCAUGGAGAUGUCAAUGCAAGAUUUUAUUUCCUAAUGAUGAGAUUAUCAGCUAUCUGUUCCUUAAAGAUUUCAUAAACUUGUAUCGACUAAUGUCAUUUUACUUUGUUUUUUUUAGAGGUGCAAUAAGAGUCUAAACUAAAAGUCAGUUUGAAUGGAACAUAAAUGUGUACAAAGUUGUCAACAUCAUUAUCAUUUACAAUGUCACCAGGAUUUGUUUACUUUAUACACUAUGUCUAGGACUCAAGUACAUAAUGAUGGUAUGGAAUUAUUUUAUGACAUGUUGGACUGUUUUGCUUGGGUGUAUAAAUACAAACAUUUUUUUUUUUCAA